UCUGAUGAAUCAGAAAUCCUCUUUAGCCUCUUUCACACCCUCAGCUGAACUAUCCCAGAAGGCGCGCAAUGACGUCACGAAAGCCGCCAUCUUGGUUGGUGCACAUGGUGGACGUGACGACGGUGUCUUCUCAGUAAAGCCGAUAUAACACGGCAAGAUGUCGUCCCGUUUUUUUGCCACUGGCAGUGACAGCGAGAGCGAGUCAUCAUCUGAGUCGGAGGAGCAGACAGUAGUGCAGUCCAAGUCUACUGUUACAACAAAAGUUUUUGCCUUCAGCGAUGAUGAAGAAGAAACUAAGCGAGUUGUGCGGAGUGCCAAGGACAAAAGGUUUGAGGAACUCCAAAAUGUCAUCAAGCAGUUGCGUAACCAUAAGAAGAUCAAGGAUAUAUCCAAAGUCUUGGAAACGUUUGAAGACCUCACCAAAGCCUUGCAGAAAUCACAGAAAGUUAUUGAGAAGGAGGGAGGUGUGCCCAGGUUUUAUAUACGAGCACUGGUUGAACUGGAGGAUUUCGUCAAUGAGACCUGGGAGGACAGGGAGGGACGCAAGAAGCUGAAUAAGGUUAACUCCAAGGCCUUGACCACAAUGCGUCAGAAGCUUCGCAAGUACAACCGUGACUUUGAAGCCAAGAUCGCGUCGUACCGUGAGAACCCUGAUGCCGGGGACGAUCAGGACGGAGCGGAGGACGACAGAGACAAGUCGGACUCGGACGAUGAUGAUGAUGAUGAGGCCCAACAGCAGAAGAAGAAGCCAGCAGCUCCAGCUGAGGCUCCCGACAUGAAGAGCCAGUUUCUGAAGGGUGGAGACAGCGAGGGCAGCGAUGACAGUGACAUGGACUGGCCGUCAGACUCCGACAGUGAAUCUUCAGACUCCUCUGAACCAGAGGGUGGCUAUACCAACAUGGCAGCCAAGUUCUUAAAAAAGACCACAGCAGCAGAGGAAGCAGCGAAAGCCGCCAGGAAACAGGAGAAGAAGGAGCGUAAGGCUCGGGAGCAGCGCAGGGAGGAGGAGGAGAGAGAGAUGGAGGAGGGGGAGUGGACGGAGGUGCAGAGAGGAGCUCCCAUGGCUAUGGAGAAGCCCAAAAUGUUUGCCAAGGGAACGGAGAUCAACCAUGCCGUGGUGCUGAAGAAACUGAACGAGAUCCUGGCUGCUCGCGGGAAGAAAGGCACGGACCGCUCGGAGCAGAUCAUGCUACUUGCAGAACUGCGGAGAAUUGCAGAGGAAAACAACCUUGGUCUGGGGAUGACUGUGAAAAUUCUCUUCAAUAUCGUAGCAUCCAUCUUUGACUACAACCCCAACAUCGCCACCUGCAUGAAGGAUGAGAUGUGGGCAAAAUGCAUCACUUACAUCACAGAGAUGAUGGACAUACUGAUCGACAAUAGCAACAUCUUUGUGGGAGCUAAUGUGCUGGAGGAGUCCGAGGCUAUUGAGGCUGAAGGAUGAGAAGAAAAUUGAAGUGCUUGUCGUGCGUCUCCAGAAGUACCUUGAAGAACGGGGUACAUCUCAAGAAAUCUGCAGGGUGUACCUUCGCAGGAUUGAACAUGUGUACUACAAGUAUGACUACGAACAUUACAAGUCAGCAGACCUGAUCAAGAAGACUGUUGAGCAGAAGGUGGAAGAAGGGAAGGAUGGGGAGGAGGAAGUGAAGGAUGGGGAGGAAGUGAAGGAUGGAGAGGAUGAAGGGAAGGAUGGGGAGGUGACUCCUCAGGAAAAGGGUGGGCAGGAAGCCAAGGACAUGGUUGAUGGAGAGAAGCAGAAAGAAAAGACUGCAGUCAUAAUGGACAAGUUGUGCAAGUACAUCUAUGCCAAGGACACCACUGAUCGCAUCCGCACGCGAGCCAUCCUGUGUCACAUCUACCACCACGCCCUCCACGGACGAUGGUACGAGGCCAGGGACUUGAUGUUAAUGUCACAUCUCCAGGACACCAUCCAACACUCUGAUGUGCCAACUCAGAUUUUGUACAACCGCACCAUGGUCCAGCUGGGUCUGUGUGCAUUUCGCUAUGGGAAUAUCAAAGAUGCCCACAAUGCCUUGUUAGAUAUUCAGUCAGGAGGGAGGGCAAAGGAGCUCCUAGCACAGGGGCUCCUCAUGCAGCGGAACGUUGAGCGUGAUCCUGAGCGGGAAAAGAUUGAGAAGCGCCGACAGAUGCCAUUCCACAUGCACAUCAACCUGGAGCUGCUGGAGUGUGUUUACCUGGUGUCAGCCAUGCUGCUGGAAAUCCCAUACAUGGCAGCCCAUGAGUUUGAUGCCCGGCGCAGAAUGAUCAGCAAGAGUUUCCACCACCAACUGAGGGUCAGUGAGAGACAGCCUCUGGUUGGGCCUCCUGAGAGUAUGCGUGAACAUGUGGUGGCUGCCUCCAAGGCUAUGAAGAUAGGAGACUGGCGCGCAUGUAGAGACUACAUUAUUAAUGAGAAAAUGAACGGGAAGGUGUGGGAUCUGUUCCCAGAGGCUGACAAGGUUCGUGAACUCAUCAGCAGGAAGAUUCAGGAAGAGAGUCUGCGCACCUAUCUCUUCACCUACAGUGCUAUCUACGACUCUCUGUGUUUGGUGACCCUGUCCUCGAUGUUUGAGCUGGAUGGACCUGUAGUUCACAGCAUCAUCAGCAAAAUGAUCAUCAAUGAGGAGCUGGCUGCAUCCUGGGAUGAGCCGACCCAGACGGUGGUCAUGCAUCGGUCGGAGCCCACCCGUCUGCAGAACCUGGCCCUGCAGCUGUCAGACAAACUGGCAAACCUCGUGGAUAACAAUGAACGGAUUCUGGAGGUCAAACAGGGCACGUCUGCUUUCUAUACCAGGCAGGGAGAGGGCCGCUUUGGUCGGCAAGGUAAAGAGCGCCAUCAAGGUAAAGAGCGCCACCAAGGUCAGGGUGGGUACCACCAGCAGCAGGGACGUGGGUACCAAGGACAGCGGCGGGACAGAGGUGACCGGGACAGGGACCACCGGGACAGGGACCACCAGCAGGGCUACAACAGACAGCAGGACAGAUGGUAGUCAGCAGUACAGACACAACAACCCGACAAACAUCUCAGUCCAACAGCAGGAAAUCUCAAAUAUACAGGAACUACAGUAACUUUAAGAUAAUAUAGAAUGGCAAAUUGACAUGUGUGUCAUGAUCUUAGUAACAUGGAAGGUACCCAGUAUUGUCAUCAUAGCCCAAUACUUCAAGUUUGUUUCCUGAGUAUCAUCUCAGUACUACUAAUAAAAAAGAAAGAACAA